AUGAAACUCGGUAAUCUUGAUGAGACGGAUUUCCUGCCUUUUCCGAUUCCUUAUGUGUAUUUGUCUCAGGCUUGUAUGUGCGUUGAUGGGAUUCGGCUUCCUUUUUGGCCGCUGGACGGGGACUCAUCUUUUGUACCUCCGACUUCUACUUUAUUUACCCAAUCUCUAGCUAGAGCCGAUAGGCGGGAACUCAUGGCACUUUUUUCCUUGUCCUGAGUGUCACCUGCUUUUCGCAAUUAGAAGCUACCCAUUUUUUUAAAACCCCCCUAAUCUAUUCGGUUGACGCUUGCUCACUUGUCUUUUCAAAACUACUUGAAUCCGGAGCGCGAUGUUUCAUAUUACCUUUUUCAAGGAGUCAUUUCGCCGCAGUAUUGUCCUUUUCUCUUCACCUUUGGUUGCCUCUGUGGUGUUGCGUGACCCCAGCAAAAGAGCUUACUUUGCUCGCAACUUUGAUUUUCAAACUUCACUUUCCAACGGCCGAUCCAAACUACUUAGUCAACUGCUGCGUUAACUCAUUAGCAGACAGUUAAAUUUUCCAGUUACAGACUACUUUGUGCUUGAUUUUAUCCUUUUCCUCCAAACUGCCCAACCUGAAGUUUCCUUCAGUCCUGAAGUACCUCUUUUCUUCCCGCAAUUUUUCACUCUGCACUUUUUUCCCUGCAGAUUUUCAAAACUUUAUUUUUUGAAUGCAGAUGUAACCAUAGCCUCAGAACCAAAGAAUCGCAAACGCGGUCGCCCAGCUGCGACACAGAAUGUUUGGUAAGCUUCUUUGAACCUGUUUCUCGAUUCCAUUGAUUGUUUUGUACGACCUUCCUCUUUGUUUUCAAGUUUUCCUGCCUCUUGCAUCCUUUCCUGAUCAUCAGUUUGAACAGAAUUUUGAUCCAUAGUUGCAGUUUCACCUCUUCUUCCGGAAGUCCCCCUUUCUACCUUAGGACACGAUUUGUAAAUUCUCUUUCUCCUGACUCCCAAAAUUUAUCCAAUUUGAUUUUAUUUUGCAACGUGGAUGUGAAAGCUCCAUGCUUUAUCGGGAAAUACCAAAAGUUAGCACCAGGGCAUUAGGCCUCGACAUUUUGUCCUAAUGUUCGCCUCCUGUCCUUCACGCAGCUACUCUUACGCAAACCCAUUCACCCCGCGCAUUCAUUUUUCAAUGACCUCGAAUUUGUUACCUCAAGUUUGUCUCAAGCUCGUUCCACUGCACUAAUUUGAUCACCACGCCGGUUCUUUGAGUUCGCCUUCAUCUUUUAUGGACUAUAUUUGUCUACUUUUGCAGCCCGUGAGCUGGUUUUAAAUCAUUUGACUCGAAUUUUCCACCGAUCAAAGUACCCUUUUCUUGGCGGCUAUACAGAGAAAGGCAUAUCAUAGAGUAGUAACCUGUUUGUUUUUAAUAUCCGGACCUUGAAUCUUCAAGCAUAGGACUUUAAUAACUUUAUAUAACUUUUAUAUAUAACUUUAAUAACUUUUGAUGGGACCCGACGGGUCUUUAAUAAAAAUAAUUGAAUUGAAAAAAUAAUUGAAUUGAAUUAUAAAGUGUUGGUAGAGGGGCGCUCACCGAUCGUAUUACAGAACAGGUCGCGGAAUCCAGCCCCAGGUGUUUCCACACUUGGGUAUGACUGGCUGACGACGACUAAUGGCCAUUCCAAUCCCUCUUGUCUUUAUCGGUAGCCUUAUUCUACAUGAAGUGUUGUUUGACAACUUAGUUUUUGACCAUAAUAAGUGCGUGGAUGACGGAUGAUAGAGCAUCCCUCUGACCUGGUCACUUAAGCCAGCUAGACGGCCCGGCGAGUGAGCUGUCAGGAGUCAUGUAACUAUAGUACCGUAGUGCUUCUCUGUAUUUCUAUUCCGCCACUUUGUCGACAGCACUUCUCGAUUACUGGUCGCUCGUGGCUACGCGGCCACCUGCGACCAUUCCAGGCUAGAGCUCUAAACCAAAGCGCAAUUACCACCGAUAUGCCACUCUCAUGCAACGACCUCACGUUUCAUUCGUAGUAUAGGUUUCUAUGUGGUGCUCCUAUGUUGUAGUAGUAAAGAUGCAGUCGUAUCAUCGUUUAUCCACAACAGUUUAUCCGUCGGGUUUUCAUUUGCAGAUUUAGUCACUCACUUUUUUGAAGGGAAACUCGACGGCAGGUAGCCGGUAGGCAGACUGAAAGAGGGUUUCAAUGUUGCGCCCUUUGAUCAGAGGCUUGCUCCUUUCCUGCUAUUUGUCACUUGUCCUUUUCUUCUUUCCCCCAGUACAUCGGCACAGAACUUUCUGGAUCUGGCACUGCAAGCCCAGGCUUUAGCCGCUGUUGGUGGGCAAUUCUCGCACCUGGGCUUUUCAAAUAACACCGCACCUUCUCUGUCCCUGGCAGCCUCACAGUAUCCGGCUGCGGCUGCAGCUGCUGCCGCAGCAGCUGCCAACCUUACUGGCCUCAUACCCGCCAUGAAUGUCCUCAAUAGCGGAGUCCCUCCUCUUCUAGGACAGGCUGCUAUUGGCGGUGGUGGUUCUCAAAAAUCCCCAUCUAGCACCGGGUAUAAGUCCCUCAUGCCUAAUCCUCAUCGUGGAUCUGGCCUGAAUUCCCUCUCCGCCUCCUCUUCGUCAGCGAAAAGAACCCGCCUCGAGACGGGUUCUAGCGGCGGUGGCGGCAGCGGCAGUGCGAACUCCGGUCUUCCGGCGGGCGCUGCUGCUGCUAGAUCGGCCAAUUUAGUCUCCCUGGUUACUCCUAAACAGGAUCCUUUCCCACCCACCACACGUGCUACUCCUCGGACGUCCUCCACUGUUGCAUCCUCAGCUCCCCUUUCUGUAACAUCGAGGCUGCCAUCGACAACCUCACGGUCGAGCACCGCUUCCACCAGCCACAAUAAUAACAACACCCAAAAGUACACACACGGUAUAGCUGCGAAGUUCUCUGACAUGAAGGUGGGCGGCAGCCAGGAGACUGAUCGACGGCAAAGUAGCAACGGAUAUGGUAAGUCAUUAUGUUUCUGAGGUGCUGAAGGACGCCCUCGUUGGCCGCCCCUUUGUAUGACUCGUUCUGGUAUAAAGUUCAGAUCGUGCUAUUAGUGUAGCUUCAGCAUUUGCAGUAAAACCGUGGACGUCUCAGUAGUCAGUGGAUUCUUUGCUUUCAACCUCGGUCUUCCCGAGGGACGCCUGGGUAUCUUUUAGUCAGAGCAUUGCUUGGACUCCUGAGAGACUCAAGUAAACCUACAAAUUCGGUAGUGUCUGGGUUAAGUGCGUUUGAUGGGGACUACUGGCAGGGGACUCAAAUGUCAUAAAUUACUGUUUCUAGCCCGUGUAUAGUAGGCCCCUUAAUCUCAUGAACAACUGAUCAAGAUCACUCUGUAUACUUCAAAUGACAAACAUUGCUUUGAUAAGGCAGCUUUCAAAGUUACUGCACGGUAGAAUGCCGAGCCGAUUUGACUCCCAAACCGUGCUCGCAAAUCGCACCUGCGCUGUGCACUUUAGCGGAUUUUUGAUUUGAUUUUCGACCGUCACUGUCCCGGAUGAGGGCCAGUGGGGAUUUACGCGUAAAUCUACUUCUGAUGCAUCUACCCACUGUGUUCUAGUGUCGAGACACAGCGACAACUAGAGAUUAGCUCGGGCGCGAAUGUUAACAAGAUUAAACAACCCGUUGAUACAUGCCACCCACGACACUAUCCCUAACUCCAUACUUGUCAGACUUCAGGGGAAGAUAGCGGUUUCGGAUCUCACAGAAAUUAACAAUGCCACAAAGGCAACAUUAAGGAGCCAUUGCGGUCUGACUUCCGUCCUUAGGGAGGAUCGAGUUAUUUCGUCAGCUGGUUGCCACUGAUAACGCGUCGUGGGAGUUUCAAGGCACAUUUUGUUUAUUGUGGGAACCUCAGAAGUUGACUGGGAGCUGGGUCAAUCUCACCCUCUUCCCUCUCACUGAAGAUGAUUGACGUGUAGUGCAGCGCCUCCACCUAACCGGCACCGCACACAGGAUGCGUCGCCGAUCGUUAGCGAUGAUGGCAAAGUUUUCCGCAUGGUAUUUUGCUGUCGGAUAGCGCCUUGUCAAUUGCUUUUUUGUCCGCAUUUGCCCGAACGAGAUGCGGAAGUUUGGAGAGGAAAGGUUAGUAUGUAUAAGUACAUGUAGAAUGAAACUGUGAGGUAUCCCUUCUCAUGGCAAAUCAACACAUUUCGUACUUUACGAAAUCAGACGUCCUAAGUUGCCGUGAUGCGUCAAAUGUCGUAUCCGAAAUUCUUUCCGAGAUGCCAGUCCUGCUCAGAACUGAGCGUCAAUCUGCACUAAUUACUGAACGUGGCCUUUGUGACACUCACCUGCAGUGAGCCCUAGGCUCCUCUGAUUAAAAACUGUCAUAUGUGAUGUAGGUAGCAAGUCGCGUGACUUGGGUAUACGGGCCGUUUAACAAUAUCUGUGUUUAUGCCUCCACUGGUCGUCUUCACCUUGCCAUCGGUAGCUGGAAGGUGUGUAGAGGGUGAGGUAGAUUGUGUAAUUACUUACCGUACUAACAACUCAGGUAUUAGUUAGAAGCCCAGACACGCGUGUUUCGCCGACUUUGUGCCGCGUAUACAGUUCACUUUGUCGUAAGUAGUCUCACGUCCGCCGCCCGGGGCACUGAUGAACCUCGUUGUUUGCCACGGUUGAACUGUCAGAUUAUGAAAGAGACCUAGAGAGAAACAUUAAGCCUUAUCUUAAAGCCACUUCAAAAUUUCUCGCAAAGGCGUCCUGUCACCAUGACUAGCAUGGUUAAGUGCGAGAAAGCAUAGAAAAUGUGAGCAUUAAACGAUACGACAGUCUAAUCUCACUGCAUUGUAAAUCUCGAAAAAAUUGUAUAAGUGAUCGUUGCUACCCGACUCACCCUCUUGAAAUCGGAGUGAUUUUUGAAAGACCGACUGAAACUGAACGAUCGGAGCCAGGUAGCGAGGUCUAUUUUUCACACCUGAUUGACAAAAAAUUGCGACUCCUCCACCCCUGCCGUUUAUUGAGCGUUUUGGUCAUUUUGAAAGUACCAAAAUAAAAAAGGGUGUGAUUGGUUGGAAUGAGUCUUACUAUGGUAGGGGGCGCUCACCGAUCGUUCAUACGGAAUUCACUCAUUCCGUUGUGCCUUACGCGAGUUCGAGUCUCGAGUGUUCCACACUUCGGGGUUGGGUAUGACCCGGCUGACGACGGCUAAUAAGCCAGAAAUGGUCAUUCCAGUCUCCCUUGUUUUUGUCGGUAAUGCCAUUUUGAGUGAAUGCGCUGUACAACUUGCCCGAUGUUUUACUGUGGUGUUCGCUUUGAUGGGACCCCGACGGGUUUUGAAUAAAAUUAUUUCAUUUAUUUAUUUAUUUAAACGGGUGCAGUCACAAACCAAUCGCAUGAAAUGUUACCCGAAAUUCUACAAUGCGUUUUCGGCUCGAAAGAAUUGCUUGGGUGGGAUUUCAAAAUUGAUUAGCAUGAGGCACAAUCCUAUGAUAUUUUGACUUGCCAGGAUGUGGACUUUCGGAUUCAUUUCUUUUCGAUUCACUCAGUAAAAACUGACACUUAAGUAGUGUGCAUUUUUCACACUGAUUUUCGACGGCCUUGUGAAUUCAAAUAAGUUUUAUGGAAAACAAGCACAAAAUAUGCUUUCGUUUGUUCAUUUGGUAACAAAUCGCGUCGUCUUUACAUGUUGUACUCGAAAGAAGAGUACCUUUCGGUUUUGAAAAAGUGUUCCAUUUCCCGAUUAAUUUUGAGUCAUAUCAGCCGUUGCAUUAGCGUUUAGCGAUUUCAGUCUACAAGGUGUAUGCUUUCCGCUUGGUAAAAAUUGCAUAUUUCACGAUACCUUUAAAGAUAUACCAUGUAGAUUUCAUAUACUUUUGCGUUGCAUACCUUACGUUGCAUACUUCAUGCGGAGCAUUGAUAAACAGACAAAUACGAUACUGUAUGAGCGGACAUUGCACGAUCUUGUGAAAUCUCAGUAAUUAGAACCUUUUUAAAGACCGAACGAUGUCAUUUCUUCAGGCAUAAAAUGUAAAGACGAUGUGAUUUGCUACCAAAUUAGUAGAAGCAUGUUUUUGUGCAUUUGUUCUAUAAAAUACGUUUGGAUUUGUAAAGCCAUCAAAAGUCAAUGUACUGAGUGUACGCUACUUAAGUCGUCAUUUUUCCUUGAUUGCAGUUUUUACAGUCGGAAAGAAGUGCUGCUUUUGAUAGACAGCAUGCUUGUCUGCCUCCCUUCGUAUCGUUAGGGCGACAGCUCGAUACCUCUUCAGUUUCAUGUUGAUUAAUAUUCCACUGUGAUUCCGGACUAGAAAUUACAGUCUGUUGAGUUUCACCUUGCAUCCUCGUCUCUGUGAUCGUGCUUGAAUUAGUCUGAAGACGCGAUUCCCGCUGGAAACUAGUAAAGCGUAGGAUUUAAACUCGUUUUUUCCCCACAAAUUGACAUGCUUGGAUGAGUGCAUAGUGGCUUUGGUGUGCGUCAGUUUUCUGUCUUCAUGGUGGUGGAGACUACAUUUGCUGAUAUGCCAUUUUCCUUUUAGCACAUCCAGCCGGAGGAGAACCACAACAGCAAGGACAGCAACAACAACAGCAACGCUGUCAUCUCUACUCCGAAGACAUCCUUAUCUGUGGUCAGUGUCGCCAUCUGUUCGAAAGCGUCGACGUUCUGAUUGCUCACAAGAUGGCCGGCUGUUCAAUCAACAAGGAAAAUGGCUUGACCUGUCGAUGCAAAAGGAGUAAGUGCGCUCUGUGACGUUUUUGCCUUUAACGUGGUAUAAUUGCUAGGAUGGAGACCAUAGUCCUCUCUGUAGGUAGGAACCACUGCGCGAGACGCAACGUCUAACUGCCAUUUACAGCCGGUCCUUAAUGCGCACUUCUUUAACUCGACGCGCCAACCUCUUUUUGGCAGUUAGUCUAGAAGCUGUUUUGACCCAGGGUCAGACUGAACUGGCCGUGCUGACGAUGCUGGUUGCACUCUGUCCUAUUCCCGCGUCUUUUCCCUCUGACGAUGGCCCUUUUGACCACCUGAUUUUUUUUCUCCUUUCCCUUCAGACGGCGAACCAGACUGCCUUGAUUGUGCGUACUGUGGCGACACCUUUUCAAGCGCCUGGGAGUUGGUCUCCCAUUGUCACACGGAGCACAGCCUUACUAUUUACGCAAUUCCCUCACAGCCUCCGUCUCCCUCCUCGUCCACCACCGCGGUCUCCGAAAGUGCGCGUCCUACUUCCCCGAAACGUCAACAUGUCUCCACCGCCGGUAAGGACCUCCAGCGCGGUCGUGGAUGCUGCACCGCCGUCGUCUCCGAAACCUCGGUUCUCUCCCGACCUGCCAACGCCUGUUCUCCACUCCAUCAACCGGCAAAGGUGGAGGAACAGACAGAGGAGGAGGAAGAGGAAGAAUACGACUUUGGGGCCAAUACACCACAGGCCGAUGUUUGCGAAGAGGAGGAGGAUGAGGAAGUGGAGGUAGCAGUUUCCGAACCUGACGGGACAUCGCACCCACAUGGGGCAGUCCCUGAAAUAGACGAGCAGGAUUCGAACCAGGCAACUGGGUCUGAAGCUCAUGUCGUGGAGCAGGACUCCCUCAUCGAGGAGGAAGUUGAGGAGGAGGGGGAAGAGGCGCAGGAGCACGAAGCGGAGAAACGGAAGCAAGGGGAGACGGAGUUCAGCAAGAGCGAUACCCAGGUCGAGAAUAGGGCUGAAAAUGACGCUGACCGGCUGGAGAGAACGGAGGUGAGCUGUGCUGUGCUGGACGACGCAAUGGCCGGCAAGGCGCGGCCUGGCCACCAACGGACGUCCUUCCGUCGCGAAAGGCGUGGCAGUGAACACGGACGAAAUGAGACCUGUACUGACGAUGAGGAGGGCGAAGAAUACGCAGGAGGUAUUUCACUGUUUCUGCAACAUCGCUCCCCAUCGAGAAACAAGUCAGAUUUAUAAAUUGUUUAAUAUGUGCUGUGGACUCCCCACGUAAGGUUGAGUGUAUACUCUUCGUCGCUGAGUCGGCACCUCAGGUAGAUGACGACGAAAUGGAUAUUUGGAGAGAGAGAAUGCGCUUGUCGUAAGCAGAAUGUCCAGCGGCAAAUAAUCUGAGUACCGUAGCCUGACAGAAGCGGGAAAUUUUUGUUAAAAUGGGCCAUAAACGCAAGGAUUUCAUUUUCUCUUAUCUGGAACUUGCCGACGUUGUCAGUCUAGGUCGCCAACAUUCACCCCAAGAUUUUCCGAUCAACCUUGGAGAGCGACCAGUCAGCGUUGAUGCACCCUUGUUUCCACUCUCUUACUUUUGUCCUCCUCGGGAACUAACCGACGUUUCAUUUUUUUCUCUGUUUCUAGGUAGAAGCGGUUGA